AUGGAUGACACUUACACUCCGCAGAAAAAAAGUCGGUUGUUGGACAACAUGUCGCCACAAACUCCAAGCAGAUCGAUAGAACGACGUCCACUUAAUUUGUUAUACCGGUCUAAAACAUUCAACCCACACACAACGGGAGUCAUGUCGACAGACAGACGCGACGGAGUGAAGCUAAUCGAAUAUGUCGAGGCUGCUACUGUCCCACCUGUGAAUGGAACUUUAACAGUAGAAGUUGUCUUCACACACGUGUACAUUGCGUUUUGUCAAGAAGUGGUUAGUACACUUGGCUCGCCGAUGAAGGUUCAUGACACUGUCGCAUUCAAAUUUUGUGUUGAAGAUACGCCUUCCUUUUCAAUGAAAAAUUACGAGAUUACAUUCCACCCCGGGAGAGAAUUGACUUCGAGGAUCUACCCGAUCAUGUUCAACAAAGAUUCAUUGACAAAGUUCGUGGACAUUUUAACAAAAAUGAAUAUAACAAUGGAGAACGGACUUGUGAGAUAUGAGAAGAAGAGGAUGCCAGUCGUAUUUGACAUAACGAAGUAUAUGGGGCAACUCAAGUUCGAUAAUCAACUCAUCAAACGCAAUAACUGGAUCAAACAAAUCAAAGCAGAUUACACCGAAACCGUCACAAGAAACACAACGUGGAACAUCAUGUCGGAUCGUCGUGUGAGAAAAGGGUUGUUUUAUCGGGGCGUCGACGACGAUUUCAGAGGAGAAGCGUGGACCAAGUGUCUUGGCGUCGAUAUAACAAAGGACGACUAUGAAAAAAUAACACAGCAAAUACCGUUGUUACUACCUGGGCAAAUUACAAACAACAAAAAAUUGGCAGUUGCGUUUAAACAACUUGGGAAGGAUAUUACACGAACAUACAUAUCGACGUAUUGCUCGGAACGGUGGGGUGGUGAUACUAAAGAGAUCAAAAAGGUGAUUGAGAGGCUGAUGAAAUGUUGGAUUCUAUACAACCAAGACGGUGGGUAUCAACAAGGGAUGAGCGACUUGUUGGUUGGCAUCAUGGAGUAUUCAAAAGAGGAACACGUCGUCUUUGGACUCUUUGUGAAGAUCAUAGAAAUGAUGUCGACAGUCUUUUUCGAUGCGGAGCAUUUCGACAGAUACAUCUACCCGAUUAUCAAAUCACUCGACAAGGAAUUGUAUGGAUAUUUCAAAAUGUUGCAAAUUGGGUAUUCGUUCAUGUCUAAGUGGGUGGUCGUGUUAUUCAGAAGAGAUUUUUCACACGACAAGUGUGCCCGGAUAUGGGACGCCAUAUUCGCGUUCCCAGAAAAUAAGUUACACUACUUCAUUGCGGCUUGUAUGUUGGAACAACACCGAGACGUCAUUUUGUCGACUCGAUUCGACCUUGAUGAUAUAUCAAUUUUCUUCCAGAGUCUCGAGGGUAAAUUUGAUGAUAAUGUGUUCAUCGAUGCGGAUAUUGCUUCAAGUAAUUUCCGAAUGGACGCGAGUGAUAACGACCAGAUCCUUGUCUUUUCUUGA